UCGCCAUGGAUUCGAAUAUUUGAUUUUUUAAUCCACUAAAAAUCGACUUCGUCUUUUUACACAAGUACAAAUCUUUUCCUUUUUUAGAUUCCUAGAUCAGAUCAAAGUCGGCGCAUAUUUAAGAUAAAGAUGAAUAUUGGCGACGUUUUUCCAAAUUUCCAAGCUGAAACAAGCCAAGGAAAUAUAGAUUUUUACGAAUGGAUGGAUGAUUCGUGGGCCAUACUAUUUUCUCAUCCUGCAGAUUAUACACCCGUCUGCACAACGGAAUUGGCACGUGUUGCUCAACUUUUGCCUGAAUUUAAAAAGCGAAAUGUAAAGCCAAUUGCUCUAUCAAUUGACACCGUGAACUCGCACAAGGGAUGGAUUGAGGAUAUCAAAUCGUACGGAAAACUUUCAUCGUUCGAUUAUCCCAUUAUUGCCGACGACAAACGUAUAUUGGCUUUAAAAUUCAAUAUGCUGGAUAAAGACGAACUAAAUGCCGAAGGCAUACCUCUGACAUGUCGAGCUGUGUUUGUAGUGGACAAUAGCAAGAAAUUGCGUCUAUCCAUUUUAUAUCCUGCGACAACUGGAAGAAAUUUCGAUGAAAUUUUAAGAGUGAUUGAUUCAAUGCAACUAACAUCAACAAAAUCCGUAGCUACGCCGGCCGAUUGGAAGCAAGGUGGAACUUGUAUGAUUUUACCUACAAUAUCGGAACAGGCUUGUAUUGACAAGUUCCCCAAUGGUUAUACAACAAUCGACGUUCCCUCGGGCAAGAAGUAUCUGCGUGAGACUCCGCAACCAUGAAAGUACACAUUCCUCUUUAUGUAAUUGAUUUACAUUUGUAUAUUUGUCAUAAAAAAGUAAAGUAAAAAAAAACAUA